GCGGGGGACGGGAGACCAUAUGCACUAAGGGCAAAGGGAGAAACGAACCUGCUUGAGGAAGUCACCAUCCUGCAGGAAGCUGCAAGAGAUGAGCGACAUUUGGAGCACCACGCAGAGGGACUCACCCUUGCGGACCGGCUUCUUCUUGUGUCUUGCUGCUCUUCUGCUCCAACAGGCAGACCCCAUAGGGGCCCAGGAACACUGUCAUGUACCUGCCCAAAAGGGAAAGAAGAUGGAGAUGAACAUGGUGGCUGGCAUGGACAACGACAUGGAAAAAGGAUGCCCUGCACUUUCUGCACAGCAUGGGAAGCCGGACAGGUUAAAACAGUUAGAACAGAAUCUGUUGAAAGCCAGUUUCCAAGAGGACAACUUCACUGUCAUAUGCCCCAACAUUCAGACUUUAGUUAUCAAGAUUAAGCCACGGUUCCUAGGGCUGAAUCUCAGCAGCAAGUCAAUGCCGCCCCAGCCCAGAAAGAAUAAACGAACCCACCACUCCAUGCGUUUCCCACCUGCACUGGUGCCGAAAUGGCGGCGUUCAGCGGCAGAAAUGAAACUCGUCUGCAUUUAUCUCAACACGCCUUGCCUGUUCCAGGACUGGAAGAAUAGCUCCCUACUGAACAAUGACAUCUUAGGGGCCACCCUUGAAAACUACAGCGUCACCAACCUCACUGAGCCUGUGGAGAUCCGGUUCUGGCAUAACCAAACGCUGGAUAACUCAAGUGCAAUCUGCGUCUUUUGGGAGGAAGGACCAGAAAACGGCAGCCUGGGGAACUGGAGCAGCGCUGGCUGUGAGACCCACCACCAAAAUGGCGUAGUGCUGUGCCAGUGUAACCACCUCACCUAUUUUGCCGUGCUGCUGAAAAUCUCCUCAGCGCCCAUAGACAAGGCCAUCCUGGCUCCUCUCACCUACAUCUCCAUGGUGGGGUGCAGUGUCUCAGCGGCUGCCUCGCUCCUCACCAUCCUCCACUACCUCGCCUCCAGGAAAAAGAGCAGAGAUCAUACAGCCAAAAUCCACAUGAACCUGCUGGGUGCCCUCUUCUUGCUGAAUGUCUUCUUCCUGCUCAGUGGGCCCCUGGCAUCGGUUCACUCCACGUGGCUCUGCAGAGGCACUGCCGCCUUCCUCCAAUACUCCCUGCUCUGCUGCUUGACCUGGAUGGCCAUCGAGGGCUUCCACCUCUACCUGCUCUUGAUCAAAGUCUACAACGUGUACAUCAGGAGAUAUGUCCUCAAACUGUGCGCCGUUGGCUGGGGACUGCCAGCCUUAGCUGUGGUUAGCAUUCUCAUCUUCAAGGAAGAGACAUACGGGCUGCACAUAAUUGAGACCGACACGAGCUACGACAAUGCAACUAUGUGUUGGAUCACAGACAAGGCCCAGGAUGUUCAUUACAUCCUCAACGUGGGCUAUGCUGGUAUCACCAUACUCUUCAACAUGGUCAUCUUAGUCACCGUCAUGAGGAUGCUGAGGAAACUGAGAUCCAACAUGAACAGUCAGAAAGAACGAGUGAAGAAGGAUCUGGUGACAGUGCUGGGACUGACGUGCCUGCUAGGAACGACCUGGGCACUGGCCUUCCUCGGUUUCGGUGUCUUCUUGAUUCCUCAGCUCAUCCUCUUCACUAUCAUCAACUCCCUCCUGGGGUUCUUCAUCUGCCUCUGGUACUGCACCAUCCGCCGCGAGCCGGAUCCCAGCUCCUCCACCGGGAGUUCUCAGAUGACAAAAUAACCAGGCCAGGCAACUGGACUGUGCUCCCAAAGGGGCCCAGCUCACCCCCCAGGAGCAGAUUCACUUGCUGGAACUGGCCUGCCCCAGUUGCCCCAGGCAGGUCUGCGCUUCUGAUGGGGGAUUUAGCAAGGGAAGAGACACACUCCUCAGUGCCUUCACACAUGCGGCCGCAAACAGCGCGACAAUGAGCCUUCCAAGCAGCUUAUGCAGAGUUUGUCGAGUAGGCGAACAGGACCUGGGCAAGACUGAGGGGUAACAGAACAGCCCCUCUCACAGCACAGGGAAUUGCUGUUCCCUAGGAGGCUAGAAGCAGACAAUGCUUGGGGCGUUGAUUCCCCCUCCAUUGCACCUUGUGUCUUUAUUUACACCUGCGCACGGUGAGUGCAGAGAAGGUGCACAUCGCUACCAAACCAGACCUCCCCACCCACUCACACCAGGGGUAACGUCAUGCACACACACUGAGGGGGGAAAACAAGGAGAAUCAGAGCCUAUGUGC